GCCCGUGGAGAGCAGCAGCGCGAAGUGAGCCGCGAGCAGGGGCCAGCCGCGUGAGUCAGUCGAGUGAGCAGCGGCCGCCUCGCCAGUGUUAGUCUGCACGCCGAGCGAGUCGCGCACGCCCGUCACACAAUACGCUUUCUCCACACGGCAGCGUGCUCAAGGCAGAGCUGUUUCGACACGCCACUCGGUUGCGAAAGUCUCGCGAUGAUAUACAAGUGAGAGCCGACAUCGGACGCCAGGGUAACGCUCAUCGCACACGGUGAGCCAGUUUAUUCGACGAGAGACAUUCGAAACUCGCCAGCUGUGAGGGACGGGGGGCGCGCGACGCCGUCGGGUCGCACACGCGGGAUCAACCUUACCACAUAGUUACUUACUGUGAGAGAAGCAACGGAAACCAAUUUUUAAUGUGUCAAGUCAGUAUAGCUCAUUGCUGCUACGUCAGAUCGCUGAACGCCUCGAGCAAGAACUACAAGGUUAUGCAAAUGAGUUCUGAACGCUUCUAUACCAGGAAUAAUCAAAAGACCAUUCAUAACUUCAAUAAACUUUAACGUUUACGUUCUAUCCUUACGGUGUAUUAAGUGCUUAUCUGUCGUUUCUCUACCUUAAAUUAUCUUUCGGUGUCGCGUUCGCUAAUUGCUAAUUACUGUGAAGUCGAGUGAUAAGGGAAGUGUUGACUAAACGAGCGAUCGGCGAGUGGAAAUCAGAGCGGCUGUAUCAAGCAACGACAAUGGCGGCCCAGCAGGAGGAGAGUCUGCUCGCGCGCUGCGAAAUACCCAUCAUCGACCUUGCACAUAUAGGUACAGAUGUGUGCCCCAUGAAGUCAGUGCUGCGACGCAUUGGACAGCAGCUGUUCACUGCGCUCAACACGAAGGGACUUGCCGUCCUUGUCAACCACGGCAUAGCUGAUGAGAAGUUGAAGGCGGUGUACGCCGACUUGGACAACUUCUGCGCUCUGCCAGAUGGUUGCAAGGCGCAGUACCUUCGCAACCCCGAGAACAACCAUGGAUAUGUGCUGCCCGGGAUGGAACAAUUUGACACUACCAAGAAGGAGUUACGUCACUUGUUCAACAUCACGUCUCUGUCGGCGGCGUCGAUGCCGGCGCAGGAGGAGGUGCCGGAAUUCACGAAGCACGCCGUGCCCCUCGCGCAGGAUCUCACCAAUCUCUCGCGAGUCGUGCUGCAAGCUCUUGCCUAUGCCAUGGGGGUACCACCCUCAGCGUUACUAGAGAGCCACUCGGGCAUGUUGCAAGCGGAGGGAGCGAACCCAUCAACAAUGCGGCUGUUGUACUACCCGCCAGUGCCUCCGGAAGACGUUGGCCCUUGCUGCCAGUCCGACGCCGUGCACUACACGCGCUGCGGGGCGCAUGCCGACUAUGGCACCUUCACGCUGUUGACGCAGGACUCUGAAGGAGGUCUUGAGGUGAAAUUGAAUGGUAGUGACAAAUGGGAGAAGGUUGGCCACCUCCCUGGAGCAAUCCUGGUUCAGGCAGGAGAAUUGCUCGCGUCUUGGACGACGAACGUUCUGCCAGCAUUGGUACACCGCGUGGUAGUCCCCUCAGGCGCGUACGCUCGCGCGCGCGGGCGUCACUGCGUGGCGUUCUUCUGCCACCCGGACAACGACGCCGUGCUGCCGACGCUGCCGCUGCGCGUGGCCGCCGCCGCCCCCCCUCCCGCCUUCACCCCGCACACGCACCUCACCCUCCACCACCGCAUACUCAACGCCGCGCAUCAUCUCCAGAAGCGCUUCAGAGAGACCUACGCGUGACUAGGGAACAGUAACAGCUGGCAUCUCUACAAGGUGCAUCUCGCACGGAAACAUACCGCCCCUUGAUGUUAAUGUCCUGUAUUAUAUUACGCUGGAUGGACCUCUAUUAUAAUAUCCAGGGCUGACCUCGGGCGCCUUUAGCCCGCAUACGCACCUCACCCACCACCAUCGCAUCCUUAAUGCUGUGCAUCAUCCCCAGAAGCGCGUCAGAGCGAACGUAUGAACUGUGACGUCGGCAAAAUACAGAUCGGUUCAACCUAUUGAUUGACGCUUAUCAAUUGAGCUUCUGGCCAAUAUGUAGAUAAAUGUUUGAUUUUAAAUUAUCCACGCAAAAUGACCUAUGCAGAUUUAAAUUCUUCAAAAUUAUUUUAAAUCAUUGGUGAAUCCAGCGUAUAUGAUCGAUCCAGUUGAAAGCGGUAAGGCUGUAAAACAACCCCGACAUACCACGGGGAAAGACUAGGCAGAAAUUAGUUUCUUGCGAGAUGGUUUUGACAAUUGACACGCACGAUUUUCGUGCAAAGAAGUAUGUUUAAGAUUGGCGUUAAGUGUUUUUGGAACUAAAUUUUAGGUUUGCAAUUUUUUGCUACAAAUAAUAUGAAUUGGUGUAUCAUAAUUGAUACAAGCUUAAUUAUUUUAAAAUAGAAGAAAUUUAUGACAGUAGAAUAAUAGCAUAUCUUAAGCGAUAGUUAGAAACAAAAGUUGACGAAUUCAGAGAUUUCCUAAACAUCAGUAUCUGUAUCUGACUCUAAAUUUCCCGCUUAGUACCUACCCGUUAUUAAAUAACUAAUAUUCAAUCACUUCACUUAAAUAUCUGCUAUUAUCUAUUGUCAACAUACUGAAACUUUUAUCUGUGAUCAAUGCGCUUACUGAAAACUCUUAAUACUGUUACUAUUGUUAAAGAGAGACGGCGUUAGGUGAAGUGCUAUCUGUCUCGCUUCCACAAUAACAACAGACUUCAAGAGUAGAGAAAAUUUCUGUUUCAUACGCACAAUGCACAUGCGAAGCAUUUAUAGAGAUCAGUAAAACUACUUACAUAAUGUUCUUGUCAGUUUUUAAUUAGUAUAGGCAGGUCUACUUACUUUUGUAACUUUAUACUUAAAUAACUUAAGCAAUUUAUUCACUAACAACGCGUGGUUUACUCAAGAGGGCCUAUCAUCACCUUUUAUAGUAAGUCUCAUGGUUGUGGAAGGGAGAGAUGCCGCACUACGCGCUGUAGAGCACCGUCUUGCUUCCACAAAUGCAUCAGGCUUAGUUUAAAAAGUUGUGGUAGAUAGGUACUCCUGAAUUAAAAAAGAAACAAAACUUUGACACUUGUUAGUCACAAAUGUUCUUUAUUUUUGAUUAUUUAGAAACAAUCAACAGCACGGUCAAACAAUCACGGUCAGACAAACAGCUAACCUUGUGUUUUUUCCUAACCUAUAAAUUCAAAAAAGUUUUUUUUUAUAAUUGUCCCCGUUGUGAAGUCAUAGAGAUUUGAGGUUGUAUCGGCGACUUAAUUGUUAAAGACUUUAUUAUUCAUUCCCGAAAAUUUUGCAUUUUUGCAUUAAAAUUAAUUUCGUUGCACUAGAAAAUAUUAUUGUUUCAUUAAUUGCUUUUCGCCAUAUAUUACUAGUUUAUUUUUAAAUAUUUACUUAUUCUUAGCAAUUAGCGACGUGAAGUCAAAGUACUUUAGUAUUCUGUCUCACUCUCUUCUAUUCUUCAUAAUCAUAUUUUUGCUUAAGCAUUUAAUGAUUAAGUUUGAAAAAUAGUUUUUUUUUUCUAUUUAUUAUUUUUUACACUGUCCAUUUUCACGACUACUUAUUGCAUUUUAUUAAGUAAAUCGUGUGAUAACUUUGUAGCUCAAUUUUAUGUCUGUACUUAAGUAUACGAUAAUAUUGUGUUCGAACAUCGAAAUUAUGAUGAAUAAUUACUUAAAUAAUAAUUAAGUUUAAACAGGUGACAAUCAGUACUUAAAUGAAACCUCCAUACCACGUAUCUUAAAGUAAGACUAACACUUAAGGAAGAGGGAUGGCGCGCUACUAAUUGUAGAGCGGCAUCUCUCCUUUUUCAACUGCAAGAGUUAUUACUUUAGGAGUACGUGGUAAGAUCCCAGGCUAGAGAAAAAGGUGGACUUACAUGAAGAUCUGAAAAUAUAAAUUAAGCAGACAAUUUUCAAGACAAUAUAAACAUAGGAUGAGUCACAUAUUGUAUCAUCUUAUAUUUGUCAGUGUCUUUUAACAAUGCAAGUGUCUGCUUGUAUGCUCUGUCUACCAUUUUUCUCGUCCAGGUAAUAACCCCCAGUUACAUUAAUACACAGAUCGAGUAUUUUGAGAAGGUAUUAUAUACUUUAUAGUUGUUUGUGUGUUGUAAUUAAGAAUUGUAUGCAGAAUUUUCGUUUGUAAUCCAGCUUGCCUUGUUCGAUAUAGAUAGCAAAUGUAAUAACACAGCAAAAAGAAAUCCUGUUACUUUAUCAGUAAGUAAGUAGGUAAUUAAAAUAGUUUGACAUUAUUGUUUAAACUUGUAAUAAGCAAAAGUAUUGGUACAACGACGAAUUUUGUAGAACCGUACAUUACCUCCGUUAUGCGAUGUUCCUGUUGGAAUAAAGUUUGGCAUGAAAAUACUUUAAAAUAGUGAAAUAAAUAUGCUGAUAAGAUGAA